AUGGCCAGAGUCUCGACUGGAGGAGCUGUGGGAAUAGCGAUAGGAUGUCUCGUUGCAGGUGUCCUGCUGUGUGGACUGGCAUUUUACCUCUACGGCCGUCGAAGGCAUCUACUUCGAAAGAAGAAAUCGAAAGGCGCCAGUGACGGCGACGGAGGCAUCCUAGAGGAGACGAUAGUUGAGAAGCAUCGAGGCGGCAACUUCGAUGCUGACCGGCUCAACGACUCUCCUACGCCUAGGACGCGAGAGCGCUCACACUCGCACUCCACCUCUUCCACUUCUACCGCCACGAUUGGCACGAUCGAAUCCAUCGAUCAUGAGGUUCGAGAAGAGUUUCACUGCCUCAACGUCGCGAUCAAAGGCCAUGCUGAGUUGUACUACAAUCUCCGGCCGAUCGAGAGUCCCGAGGACUUCAAGAACAUUGCCUGCGACACAAACGUGGUAACACUCAACAACCUCCUAGGACCCAACGCGCCGAUCAAUGCCAUAGCAACAGACAUCCUCCUCCAAUCCCCAGAGACUCGACAUGACACGAUACGCUUUCUGCUUGCAUGGGUGCUCUUUCGCUUCAUACAGCCAGAUGCUCCCUUAGAACAUACUCUGUUGCCUCCAGAGCUGGUCAAAUGCGCGCAAGCCAUGGCUCGUAGAGCGUCGCAAAGUGCAACAGAAGAAGCUGGCCGUCGAAGAUCCGAGUCCAGGGCUGGAGGACGGAGCGUAGGCGCGCGAUCGCCCUCACCUUUGAAGUCCAAUCCAGGCAUUGGGGCUAGUAAUCGCCAGCCUGCACCUUCCGUGACCUCAGACCCGGCGACAGCUUCGUCAGCGAUGGCAAUAGCAGACGAACGGCUCGGCUUCGCCAAAUGGCGCAGCAUGUCGGGCAAGCUCUUCUAUCCCAUCUACGGCACUGGCAAGAUCGCCAAUUCGACUAGCCCCACAAUACCCACGUCUCCAGAUCCUCGCGUGAAGAACAUCGACCAGCUUGUCACGGCCCUCGUCUGUCUUUUGCAACCCUACGUGGCCAAAGGAUAUGGUGGAGCUCGCGUCCGGGAUCUCGAGAACGUGGUCAAAAGCGCUGCUGGAUUCGGGUAUAAGCUGUUCACACAAAAGACGGAAUGGGAAUUCGCAUGGUCGACGCUGAUGUCGGAUGAGGUAGUGGUAUUUCCCGCUCUCGUCAAAAUCGGGGAUGAUCGCGGACACAAGUUGCGACAGUCGAUUGUACUGACCUGGGAGGAGACCGUGAAGCUAGAUGAUAAUGUUCUGGAUGUUGUGAGGAAACGGGAGAGCGAUCUGAGGACGAUCGAGGAAGCUUUUGAAGAGAUGUGA